CUAAAACCCUCCCACACACUCUCAGUGGCCCUCGCCAGCAACCUUGCGGGGAAGUUUCAAGAUUCAGUCUGUACCAAACUCCGAGGCGGAAGGAAAAGGCUGGCCGCUGUUUGUGUACAUUGCGUUUGAUUUAGCAAUAACGGCAAAUUAUAUCGAUUUUGUAAAAAAAAAAUGCAAUGCAUUCGCAAGCCCAGGAGAACCGAGCAGGAGGAUGAGCGGCUGCGGGAGGCGACUGACAAGGAGGUCCAAGCCAACCUGAGCCGGCUCGGCUUUAUCAACGAUGAUGACCUGAAUGCCAUGCUGAAAGGCAGCAACCUACAGAAGAUCAAAUCCAGCACCUGGAUGAAGCCCCGUUUUUACAAGCUGCUCGAGGACUGUCGAACAGUGUGGUACGACUCGCAAAAACUCCUGAAGUCAGCCAGGACCCAAAUCUUCUCGAUUGAUGACAUUCAGGAGUUGCGGCCUGGUCACCAGUCUGAGGGCAUGCAGAAGUUUGCCAUGGAUAUCCCUGCUGCCUGCUGUUUCACCAUCGUCUUCAAGGGCACGAAGAAGAACCUGGAUCUCGUUGCCAGUGACGCGAAGGAAGCCAAUCAUUGGAUUGACGGCCUCAACAAGCUUAAGAAAAGAGACUCAAAGAUGAACAAGAGAGAGCGUCUGGACCAAUGGUUUCAGAUUUAUCUUCAAAAGGCUGACGUGAACAAAGACAAUAAAAUGUCGCUGGAUGAAGUAAAACAGUUUCUGCGCAUGAUGAACAUUGAGGUGGACGAUGCGUACGCAAAGGAGCUGUUUGUGAAAUGCGAUAAAUCAAUGGAUGGCACAAUCCAAGGCAAAGAGAUCGAGGAGUUUUACAAGCUGGUGACAGAGCGGGAAGAGAUCACUACCAUCUUCGAGGCCUACUGUGACAAGAACCGCUUCCUUACGGUGGACAAGCUGACGGAUUUUCUCCGGAAGGAGCAAAGGGAAAACGUGAACCAGGAGUACGCAGCACAGCUCAUUCAAAAGUACGAACUCAAUGAGGAAGCAAGGUUUGAUUCCAUCAUGACCAAAGACGGUUUUAUGAGCUAUCUGAUGUCACCAGCUGCUGAUAUUUUCAACCAGGAACACAACAAAGUUUACCACGACAUGACCAAGCCACUCAAUAAAUACUUCAUUUCAUCCUCCCACAAUACCUACCUGACAAAAGAUCAGCUUGAAGGACCCAGCAGCGUUGAGGCCUACAUCAGUGCCCUGAAUAAAGGCUGCCGCUGUGUGGAACUGGACUGCUGGGAUGGACGAGAUGGAGAACCAGUCAUUUAUCAUGGCUACACCUUCACCUCAAAAAUCCUCUUCAAGGACGUCAUCCAAGCUGUAAAGCAAUAUGCCUUUAAGGCUUCUCCUUAUCCUGUCAUCCUGUCUCUGGAGAACCACUGCAGCAUAGAGCAGCAAGUUGUCAUGGCACAGCAGAUGAAGAGCAUCCUCGGUGACAUGCUGCUUACCAACACAAUUGACGGCAAAGUCCCAACCAACUUCCCUUCCCCUCAGCAACUGAAGGGGAAGAUCCUGGUGAAAGGGAAGAGGCUGAAUCGCCUGGAAGCUCCCCAGGAUGCAGACAUGGGCGAUGAGGUUUCUGAUGAGGAUGAGGCCGCUGAACAAGACAGUGAAGACGAGCAAAAGGAAGUAAAAAAGAGUGGGAAGAUAAAGUUGGCUAAAGAACUCUCCGACCUUGUCAUCUUCUGCAAGAGUGUCCACUUCAAUGGAUUUGAAGAUGCUGCACAAAACCAAGUUUUCUAUGAGAUGUCAUCCUUUGUAGAAAGCAAGUUCAAUAAACUGACACAGGAAACGGCCAAGCCAUUUAUUGAACUGAACACCCGACAGCUGAGCAGGAUUUACCCAGCAGGACUGAGAACAGAUUCCUCCAACUACAAUCCUGUUGACAUGUGGAACGCGGGCUGUCAGAUUGUGGCUCUAAAUUUCCAGACUCCAGGGCAGGAGAUGGACAUCAACCAGGGGAAGUUUCUGGACAAUGGUUUUGCUGGUUACAAUCUGAAGCCAAAAUAUUUGAGAGAAAAGAAGGCUGGCUUUGAUUCAAAGAACGUUCAGAAGGGUUCCUGGCUAAAUAAGAAGAAGCUCCAUGUGAUGGUUAUCUCUGCCCAGCAGCUUCCAAAGUCGAACAGGCUGAAGCUCAAGUCAGUUGUGGAUCCUCUGGUGGUGGUGGAGGUUUUUGGUGUUAGUGAAGAUUGUGAUUCAAAAGAAACAGAACACAUCUCCAACAAUGGAUUCAGCCCCAUGUGGAACACUACCUUCCAGUUUGACGUUUCUGUCCCUGAGCUGGCUUUCGUGCGGUUUGUGGUGCAGGACUACGACAUGUCGUCCAAGAAUGAUUUUAUCGGACAGUUUACACUACCCUUCACGAGCUUGAAACUAGGCUAUCGACACAUUCACCUCCUAACAGAGAGCGGGGAUCGCCUUCCCUCAGCGUCACUCUUUGUCCACAUCAUGAUUGAGUAAAGCACCAGGAUCUGCUUCCAUCUAAACCCUGACUUCCAGACUGCAGCCUACAGGCCCAAUGAGGGGGUGUGUGUGUGAGACAGAGAGGGGAGAGGGA